CAGGAAGACGAGUUUGAGGAUGAUGAAGAUGACGAGGAAACGAUUGCAACUUUUGUCACUGCGGCGGGACAACAGUUGGCUCUCUAUGCCGUGGAAGAUUCAGACGAGAUAUUUGCUGUCGCCGUUUACAAUGAGUCCGACGAACCUCCGACUAACUUCCAGUUUCUUAUGAAAUCAGACGUGGAACGUUUAAUAGGCGAAGGUGCCGUUCGAACGGUGAAAAAACCGUCGCAGAUGAAAAAACGAGUGUUUACUGCCAAACCACCGAUGCUUUGUCGUAAGGAAGAAGCGAACGAGAAGACUUCUAUCUGCGAUGCAUCAGUCAACAGUGAAAAGAAUAUUGCGCAAGAGGACGGUAGCAGAAUAGUACAUAAUUAUGAAACUUACCAAAACUGUAGCGACAAGAUUAAUUUAGAGUCUAGUGAUAGUGUUCACACAGUUGUCGACGAACAACCGGAUAUUACGUAUCUCAUGAUGAACGACAGUUUUGUCAAUAUCG